AUGAAUGAACGGAUCCAGUUUUCCCUGACAGCUGAUGGAGAUCACAGCUACUCCCUGAAGUCUCGGCCUAAGUCAGACCCUGUCCAGGAGCUCUGGGCCCAACUUCAGAGCAUGGACCUUGAGAGGGAGCAGGACAGCCGGAAUGUCGUGUGUGGCAUCUGCAUGGACAAGGUGUGGGACAAGCCAAAGGGCAAGCGGAUCUUCGGCAUCCUGCCCAACUGCACACACGCCCACUGCCUGGGCUGCCUGCGCACCUGGCGGAAGAGCCACCAGCACUUCCCGCUGGAUGUCAUCAAGGCCUGUCCCCAGUGCCGUGUCUAUUCCAGCUACAUCAUCCCCCACAAAUUCUGGGUGAGCGAGGGGGCCGAGAAGGAGCAACUCAUCAGGAACUUCAAGGCUCGGACCAGCCAGAUCCGAUGCCGGUACUUCGCGCGGGGGAAAGACCGCUGCCCCUUCAAGUCUGACUGCAUUUACCUGCACCAGCUCCCGGACAAGGCCCCAUCCUCGGCUCCUCCCUGCCCGUCCUUGAGUCCUCCCGGCCCAGAUUGCACACAGCCGGCCUCCGGGAGUGAGAUGGUGCUGGGCCCCACAGCGCUGCUGGAGGACGAGAUGUUCCUGGAUUAUAACCUGGCCGCGGCCUUCCUGGGGUUAGAAUCCUGCUGGAUCGCACCAGUUCUUAACGGCGGGAUCCUGUAA